CGAGUUAGUUUGCUUUGCUACAGCGUGCCAAACAGAACGGCGCCUCCGAACUGUAGAGACACUGUACGGACCGGACCGGGAGAUAGUUUUGUUAGUAGAGGGAGAGAUCAGUUCGGGAACUUUUGUUGUAGUAUGUAAUUUUGCGUGUCCCCGUCUCUUGGGCCAGUGUGUAGUGUGUAUCGAUUUAUUCAUUAAAUUAAUAUCUCCAUCGGUUCUCGCGAUACGAGAAUCAUCAGCGGGAAGAAAGACCAGGGCUGGAGAUUUUCUAUUUGUAUCGCCCGUCGCGACUUGUAAGAUUAGCUUAAUUCUCCUGCCGUGGCCACAAGUGUAGAGUGCGGGCCUAGAUCGAACGUUUGGUUUUUUUUCCUAUCUUACACCGACUCCAACCUGUUUUUCGUCUCGAGCCGUCGCGGUCGGUCCCCGGUGUGUUGUGUUUGAAGAAAUGUGAUUUCUUUAAUUCGGCAAACGACAGCUGAAGGAAUGUGGAUGCUGAUUGCCAAACCACCACUGGGCAACCCCAACGGCUGAUAGUGGGGCUGAAAUAGCUGUGCGUGAAGAAGAACUCGUCCCCGGUGUGAAUGAUCGUGCAUAUGAUUGCUAUAAUGAAGAGUGACGUUUAUUGACAACUGAAACAUAUUUCUAUAAUUUUGAUUGAUUUCUCGACGCUCUCUGGGUCCGGAUUUUUAAUGUUUCAUGUAUACGUUACGCGCGUUCAAGUACUGCGUGCGUUUUAGGUCGGCUGCUGUUUCUUCUUCUGUUUGAUAUCAACGCCACAACGAUCUGUAGUAGUAGUGGACCCCAGUGCAAAUAAUCUACAAAUCAAACAAUACGAGUUUGAAAUUGAGCCUGCUGAAUCGAGAGCUGCUACCGGGUUAUUUCCGAUCAGGCGUACGUUUGCGGCUGGAGAAGUGGCGAAGCAUCACCCAAAGUUGUUUUCUCGGCGAUCGAUGAUUGCUGUUAGUGCUGUUCAAUGAGGGCUAUCCAGGUUGAGUGAAACGGUGAAGAAGUUAAUCAGUGUGGUUUAAGUGAAGCACAGCAAAGAUGGCUACCAGUUCGAAAAUAUCGCUUAGCCUAGUGCUGUUCAGUGCGCUGUUCUGGUCCCUGCUGAUGGAUGUUGUCAAUGCGGAUGCUGCGUUAGUUGGUAUUAGAGAGCCUUGCGUGAACGAAGGUGAAGAGGUCAAAAUCGACAUGACAGCAUGCUACAAAUGCAUUUGCAAGAAUGGCUUUGUGGAGUGUGAACCGGAAAGCUGUCCAGCUGUGGACGAUUGCUAUUUGUACAACAAGAAGGCUCCCGGGAGGUGCUGUGAUAAGUGUGUAGGCUGCCUACACGAAGGUCGGAUGAUAGACAGCGGCACCGAGUGGACUGAUCCGGACGAUCCGUGUGAACAUUACAAAUGUGUGUCCGGUGUGAUAACGCGGUCACAAAUCAAAUGCUACACCCCUUGCUCGAAUCCUCUUCCGUUGAAAAAUGGCCAGUGCUGCCCGGUAUGUUUAGGAUGCCAGCUAAACGGUCAAAAAGUAACGAAUGAGGCUACUUUGAGUGAGGAUCCGUGCGUUAAGUGCACCUGUGACGGGCGCAAGCUGACAUGUUCGAAAAAGUCCUGCCCAGUGCUACAAUGUCCAGCCAGCAAGCAGAUACGGAUCCCAGGAGAAUGCUGUGCCCGCUGCAUGGAACGCCGAGAAGAGGUCAAAUUUGGCCUUCAAAAGCACUGCGUAAUCGGUAAAGUGGUCCACUUCCAUGGUGCGCUGUACAAAGCAGACCAGUGUGCGGCAUGUGAAUGUCGUAAUGGAACGACGUUUUGCGAGAAGAACACAUGUCCGGUGCUAGAAUGUGCCAUCGAAGAUCAGGUUCAAGGUCUCAAUGAUUGCUGUCCUUCGUGUCCGGUGCCAGCAGAGUUCAAGUCCACUUGUACCCACCGGGGUCAGGUUUAUGAGAACGGUGAAACCUGGAGCUUAAAUGCGUGUGCUUCCUGCGAAUGUCGAUCGGGUGAGGUCCGAUGUGCCAGAAUCCAAUGUCCUGCUCAGAAAUGCAAACCCAACGAGACGCUCAUCAAGCCCAAAGACGAAUGCUGUUCCAAGUGCGUCGAAAGUCCCGGAGUAUGCACGGUAUUUGGGGAUCCACACUACAAAACAUUCGACGGGUACUUUUACAGCUUUCAGGGUUCUUGCAAGUAUCAACUGACGGCAGACUGCAAGGGUCACACCUUUUCGAUCCGGGUGACCAAUGACGCGAGGUUGACAAAAUCUUCAUCUUGGACCAAAACGGUAACGUUAAAAUUGGGCAACUUGAAAGUAAAUCUUGGUCAGAAAAUGCGAGUCAAGAUCAAUGGCAGUAGAGUGGACCCUCCGUUCAAGCUGGAUGACGUGUUGGAUGUUUACAAAAGCGACGAUGGCACGGAAGUGAUUGUGAGCACCAGUAUCGGAAUCAAGCUGACUUGGGAUGGGAAUAAUUUUAUUCAGGUGGAGGUUCCUAUUAUUUAUAAAAAUAAACUUUGUGGACUGUGCGGGAACUAUAACAACGUGUUUCGGGAUGACAUGUUCUCCAGGACCGGCAUCAACAUGACCGAUAAUGUGUGGAAGUUUGCACAGUCGUGGGCGGUUGGGGGAGAGAAGGCAUGCACGCGUCCUAGGAAGAAAGAGAUGGCUGCAAAGAACUCUCAAUGCAAAUCGAAAAAAUUCUUCACGUUAUGUAAAAUUUUGAAAAUGGACGUUUUCGGUGAAUGCAACUCCCAGCUGAACCCGGAACAUUAUUUCGAAUCCUGCAAAAUUGACAUGUGCGAAUGUCCCCAUAAGCAGUGCUACUGUGACAGUUUAGCAGCCUAUGCACAUGAGUGCCAAAGACAGGGCAUUCAGUUACCGAACUGGAGGCGGGAUACUAAUUGUUACCCUAAUGCCACCAAUUCGUUCUUCAAAUCUCAUCAAACGCAUCUCUUGAUGCAGCAGCCGUCUGCUCCUCAGAAGAAACGUCACCAGCAACCAGCCCAACGAUUACAGCAGAAAAAUACAAUUGUCAGUCCCCUGACCAACCAUCAACAUCGGAAGAAGCAUCGACAGCCGUCUCACGGCCCUUCGCAGGAUCCCAGUAUUCGACGAGCACCACCGCCAUUGUAUUCUUAGACUAACAUUGACCACCACAGGACCGAAAGGGAGUGAGGCAAAGAAUGCUACCACGCGAGCGAGAGUAGGAAACAAGUGAGAUCGAGUGAGACAAGUGUGAGUUUGAGAUAUUUAGGUGAAUGUUUUUUUUAAAUCAGUUUUAACUUAAUUAUUCCCUGAUUGUAACUUAUUGCUUUCUACUAGUUAAGCUUAGGAAUGUUGGGAAAUAUUUAGCUAUAUUUUUUGACAAAUGGAUGCCAAAAUAAGAAAGAAUGCAGCAGGUUAGGAGAUGAUAGGACGAACGAAACUCAUUAGCGCAUAGAAGUCGUUCUAGAAUGUAUAAAAGUUUUUAGCCUGGUAGGGAGAAAUCUCAUCCUGUUUGUAAGGAUUAUUUUUGUUUUACUUUUUGUACAUUUGUUUUUAUACCUAGUGCGGUUUAUUUCACCUACUGUUUUUUUUUUUCUGUACAGAAGAUAUUAAUUAAGGUUUCAUCGAAUUUCAUCAGUAUUUAUUUUACUUUUCACCGAACAACUAGGUAAGGAAUUAUUUUUAAGGCCAUCAUUGACGAAGAAAGCGGAGACUUCCGGAAGCAUUUCUGUUGAUUUUAUGUAAGGUUUUGUUUAUCGAAUUUAUUCGCUCGGAAAGCUAGGUACCAUGCGUUUCCACAUCACCCGGUCGGUGUUCAUACGUAGGUAAUCAUCAGGUGAGCAAAUCUAGGAGCAUAACCAAUCCAUCUGUUCACACCUUGCUCGGUACCGAAACGCAAUCGAAUCUCAUCAUAAACACUGAUGACUCAGGGUGCCAUGUUUGUUUACUUCCCGCUAAUUGGCUCUAAAUGGCACGUGUUCGCAAAACGAAAUGCGAUUGGUGCAAAGUCCAAUUUCGCCAUCAUCCGUCGAGCUUUUCCUGCGAGCCGUCUGGAUCACCACGACAGAGUCGAAGCAAAUUGCUAUCGUCCGAUCAACAGGUGUUUUUUAUUACUUUUCAACAUUGUUUUUUUUUUUGUGCGUUAGUUUACUCCAAUUUUUCCACUGUUUAGUUCAAAAUGGUUGAUAAUGGGGCACCUGCUAGCUUUUGCUGGUUGCACAUGUGCAGCGAGGUCGGUGUUUCGUUAGUGAUACUACUAGACUUUCUAAGCAAACUUGUCUGCUUGGAAACAGAUGGUUUAUUUCUAGCUCCGUGAGACCAGAUGAUUGGAUUGUUUAGUCUGGACGGUGGGGUAGAUAUCGGUUUAUCGGACAAAGCAGGUGAUGACGUCUUGCUAGAUUUCAGCCUUAGCAACGGCCUUCACGAUGCCGAUUUUAACAUAUCCAACCUCAACCCCUACACAUUUUAAGUAUGAACUGAAUUCUUUGUGUAUAUAUGGGUGUAUGUAUUAUGUAAAAUCUAACUUCCCCUGUCUAGCAGUUUCAUUGUAGAUAAAAUUUCCCUGUAACCAUUUCUUAUGACUGCAAGAAGCUCGAAUCAUGGAACAAUAGAAAGUUUUACCCUUUUAAUCAAAGAUCCCGUAGGUUUAUAGAAGGGAUCAAUUUUUAUGGGUUAACGGAAACGUGGGUGAGAGUUUAGGAAAGAUUCACAGAAU